UGUCAGCGUCGGAGUAUAUCAUUUUAUCACUUGCAUGCAAAGUCUGCUGACAACCCCCGGAAAUAUGUCGAUGCUUUAUAUUAUCGUCUCAGUCAGUUUUACAACUAUUUCCUUGGCGUUAAAGAUGUGUCCCGAGUCUAUUCCAACUGUUUCCAUCGUAAAUCGGUGUCCUUCCAAUGCCACGGAAUGGGUAUCAGCGGCUAAGAGGAAAAGCUGUAAUGACCUGAGACAACUCCAAAGGUGUACAGCAGCUGAUGACUUCGUAUAUCACUGUAUUCUUAACAAGGAUGCAACAAUGUUAUUAGAAGUUUGUGCACCAACACAUUUAAUGUCAGGGUACUGCGCCCGUUUUAGCGAGGUAGAGAAAAGAAUUAUUAUUGACACAGGACUGGACUGUACAAAGUUUGAUCCCCCUUGUUCGACCAGUUUUUUGUCCAAUGAAUCGUAUAAAUACACAGAAGAACCUAUUGUUCCCCCAUCGGUGAGAACGAGUGACAACUUUCCGCAAGGUGAUGAACAUGACAAUAAUGUUCAACAGGAAAACUUACGUUUGGAAGAAAAAAAGACGAUGUGUUAUAAAAGUCUGUCUGGAGAGAUAAUUGGAGAAAUUUCCUUAAAGGGCCUCAAGACGAUAUCUGACGUGCGGGAGAAUCUUGCUAGGAAGUUGGAAGUAUCAAGAGAUACUUUAUACGUCGUCAAUGUGGAUCAUGGAAUACUGUGGGAAGACAACAAAGGGAUAAGAGAUCUUUCUGCAGAUACCUUAAGUUUAAUGAUUGUAUUAGACGAGAACAGAAUGAAACCAACUGAUGAUGGUCGCCCAGAUACAGAUGAUAGUGAUGAUGAUUUUGACGAGGAGGAAGAGGAAUGCAAACAUGAAGGUUCAUGGUUCUCUUGGACAAGACAUCAGUUGCUGAAAAUGAGAUAUUGUGAAGUAAAAUGUCAAGUGUGUAAAUCAAUCUUGAAGUUUGAAGAAAUUGUAAAAAGAUGCGAGAUGACUCCUGAUGAAACAAUAUUCUUUCAAACAGUAUUAAGUGUAAAUAAACACAGCCAACUCAAGAUUCAUGAGUUACAACAUACUUACACUCAGUAAUGUUGAGGACGUCAAUAGGAAAAUGGACAUAUUUAUAUGUAACAGAGUAAAUGUUAUCCUUUGAAUAAUCAUUGAAUUAUAUUCCAAUAUUUUGUUUCACAAAGUAAUAUCGUAUCAAUAGAUUAACUAACUUUAUCGCUAUAGCAUGAACAAUUUUAAAGUCUUGUGGGAAGUCCCUACUGUAUCAUGUGAUACAUUAAAAAAAGAUGAACCGAGCUUAAGAGGGAUUGAUGAUCAAUGUCAAUU